AUGUCCCAGCACAAUCUUGACCCCAUGACCACUGCCGCGACAAAGGCAACUCUACUUGUGACUGGGAUAGAGCGUAAAGCAGAUGAGGCGAAUAUGAUGAUUACUGGAUCUCUAUUAUCAACAACAGGUACUGAGCAGUUUCCAUUAACUCAUACAGCAUCUAUAACAUCUCUUGGCUCCCCAUCUUUGGGAAAUGUGGAUGAUGUCAAUGAUAUAGAAGCUAUCGAAAUACAGAGAAUCCCACAAUUGGGGAGAUCUAAGUCAUAUGAAAAGCAACUGGAGGUCGAGUCAAUCAAUAAGUUUUACGACAAUACGGCUACAGAUGGGUGUCAGAGAAGGAAGAAUCUUCAUAGGAUCCCUAUGCAAGAAAAGGCUGUACAUGCCCACCAAGUAGAUGCAACCGUGUCACACGAUGGUCUACAGGUAGUAUUGUUUGAGUGUUCACCGCCUGAUGCUAAGGAUGCUGACAAGGCAUUCUCAGAUCAUUUCAAGCUGACCCGUGAUCUUAAGGACACAUGGAUUUAUAACGUUGAGGCUAUGAUACAGAACGGUCGCGAACCUACAAGAGGCCUAACAGUGUAUGGAGUUCAUAUUGCAAGGAAUAGGUUAGAGCUCUAUGCUUUGGAUUUUAUGGGUUGCUUUCGACUCCACGAAUGCACCACAAUUACUCUCCCCACAAGGCUAAGUACGUUCCAAACCUGCUUUCAGGAACUGGUUCAAAAAUCUUUUUGGUUUGCGAAGCAAGUUAAGGCUGAGUUGGACAAAUGGACUCUGCACAAACUCUAGAAUAGUCAAACAAAAGGAAAGCAGAGAGAACCCUUAAGCUGCUUCCAAAAACAAAUACAACUCCAACAAAGGGAAAAAAAGUUAAAGUGUAUCAAGAUGAGGACGAUCAACUUUAGAGCUAUCUGGGUGAGAAAAAAAAAUCCCAAAGUACUAAAGCAUCUCAAGACGAGGAUGAUAUACUGUUCUCACUGCAGAAUUGACACCUGUCCGCAUCAUAUGUAAUCCUGUUCAAUAGUUUUCCCUGUAGUCAGAAUAAUAUGUUUAGUCUUUUUAAAUUGAAGGUGACAUAAAUGAAGAAAUGCCUUGUAUUCAAUAGGGGACUAUUUCUUUCUUGGCAUUGCAUUCUUGAACCCUAUAAUCAGACAUUCAUUACUAGGGAAGUUGGUUUAAUAAAGAUAAUUUUUAUUGUGAAGGAAGUUGCAUUGUUG